GUUAAAGGAACAGAGAGAAAACUUAGUGGCAGACAAAGAAAAGAUUGAAAUCCAAAUGACAAACCUGAAGAUGCAGAACAUACUGAGGUUGGGCAAGAUAGGAAAGUUGACAGUUAAGAACAAAAGACUGUUAGCUGAGAAUGAAAAGGCCAGAGAUGUGUUAGAGAAAGUGAAAGAACAUGCAGCAGCAGUCAGACAAACAUUGCUGCACAAGAUAGCAGAGGAGGAAUUUGUGUACCUGGCCAAGGUGGAGACGGGGACAGUGGAGAUCAACAGACUGUCAGAUGAGAAUGAAAAGGUGGACAGGGUCAGAGAGAGGAACAGAUGGAAGUGUAUCAGAAAGGGUUUGGAGACAGCAUUGGCCAAAGCAGACCAGGACAAGAAUCAGACCCUAGAAGCCUGGAAGAAGGAAAGGGGGGCAUGGGCCAGGGUCACCGCUUGUCUGCAAAGUCUCUGGGAUCAACGAGGAGAAAGAUGGAUGAAGGAGAAGGAGGAGAUGAAAGAGAAGAGCACACAGGCAGCAGAGAAGUGGAUGACUGAGCUGAGAGAGAAGGAGAGACUGAUAGAGGCUCUGGAAAGAGAAAAGAUGAUGCUUCUGAGCCAGCAUGAAGAUGAGAAGAGGGGAUGGGAGAUGGAAAAGAGUGAAAUGGAAAAGGAGAGGUUGGUGCAGACAGGAGAGUGGGAUAGAAAGAACAGUGAAAUGGAGAAAAUGAAAAAGGAGAAAGACAGAUGGGUGAUAGAAAAGAAAGAUAUGUUGGAGAGGAUGAAGGAUGCACACAUUCAGCUGUAUCACAUGCAGACUGUCCUGAGGUUCAGAGAGCACGAGCAGACACAGAAGGAAACUAAGAAAGCCCAGGAAGCAAAGGAGAAGCAGGAGAAAAAGGAAAGGAAAGAAAGAGAGAUCCUGGAGAAAGAGAUGAUCAGAGCCCAAAAAGUAGAACAUAAGGACAAAGUGAGGGAGAGCAAGGAGAGGGUGAAAGCCCACCUGGAUGAGGUGUCAAGGCAAUAUGACCAAAGGAAACACAAGGAGAAGGAAAGAAAAAUGGUGUUGGAAAUGGCAUAUGGCAAAGAACAUUCAAAACAAAACUUCAAAAGUAAAUGGUUGACAUUCAUUUAAUAAAUUAAACAACAUGAGCAUUUUAAAUAUUUGUAUGUGUUCAUUGCUAUGUGGACAAAUAAAAGUGCAGAUGGUUACUGGAUAUUACAAUCCAUGUUAACUUUGCUGGGAGACAUAAUAUUUUAAGUACUAUAUUUAUCAUCCUCACUCAGAAUUGCUUACUGAAAGUGGUUCCCAUUACAUGAGAAAUGUUGAUAUUUGCAUGUGAAUGUUAUCAGUUACCUUCACCACUUUAAUAAUGUCCCUUUUUACAUUGUGUCAUACACCCAUGGCUGAGUGAUGAACAAAAAUAUGAAUUUACUUGACAGGGAAAUAUUUAGAUUUGUUUAAAUCCAGAUGUCAUUUUAAAUGGAUUCUGAUGUAAUAUGAAUUGGUGUGUUUUGGUGUGUUUUCCUACAUGAUUAAAAUAUGUGCAUUUUUGUAUUAAUACAUGCAUUGUAGUCAAUGGCAAUUGUGAUGUUGUAAAAUGUAUCUUCCCCAAACCAACCUCUCAACUCUACUAACUUGCUCAGAUUGCCCUCCAUUGUCAUGUUUUGCAGAAGAAAGUCAGAAGGUGAAUUUCUAAAGAGUGGCAAGAGGAUUGAUAAACCCAUCAACUUUGGGACACACUUUGACUUGUACUGUAUAAUGCAAAACAUUUCUACAUUUUCCGCUCUCCAUGACAACCAAAACAAAUAGU